AUGUCGCUGGAAAUCGAGGCUGCUGAGUACGCCUUUUUGUCAAUCUUGUCUAUUGCUGUUUCUAUUUCUUAUUCAUUUCUUAGUGUUAUUCGACUAGUUCAACAGUUUCUCAAAGAAAAUAAUUUAUUGCGCUCUCUUGCCGUUCUUCAAGAAGAAACAAAUAUUUCAUUGAAUACUGUAGAUAAUGCUGAAGCUUUUAAAGCGGAUAUCCUACAUGGAAGAUGGGAUGCUGUUCUUAAAACAUUGUCAACCAUCGCCGUACCUGCAAAAAAACUCAUUGAUUUGUACGAGCAGAUUGUCUUGGAAUUGAUUGAACUCCGUGAACUCGUGGCUGCAAGAUCACUACUGCGUCAAACAGAUCCUAUGCAUGUGCUUAAAGAAAUUUAUCCAGACAGAUAUCUUCAUUUAGAAACGCUUUUGGGUAAAUCUCAUGUCAGUUCUAGCGAGAUGUAUCCUAAUGGUGUCACUAAAGAAAAAAGACGCAAGGCUGUUUCUCAAUCGCUUGAUGCUGAGAUUGCUGUCGUUGCGCCAUCUCGCUUGCUUGCACUGUUGGGCCAGUCAAUAAAAUGGCAGACUUUACAAGGUAUGAUCCAGCCAGAUGCCGCAUUCGAUCUGUUUAAAGGAGUUUCUCCUGCCGCGCAUGCUGAAGAUGAUACUCCACCAUCCAUAGCAGUGUCAACUAUCAAGUUUCCAAAAAAACAAUAUGCAGAAGUCGCUACAUUUUCACCCAAUGGAAACUAUUUUGUUACUGGUACGAUUGAUGGGCUGAUUGAGGUUUGGAACUACAUUACUGGAAAACUGCGCAAGGAUUUGCCAUACCAGGCAGCAGGAAACAUCAUGCUUAUGGAAAGCGCUGUAUUGAGUUUGACAUUUAGUCGCGACAGCGAAUUGUUGGCGUCAGGGUCACAGGAUGGUAAGAUCAAGAUCUGGAAGGUGCAUACGGGGCAGUGCAUUAAACGAUUUCCAUUGGCUCACAGUCAGGGCAUAACAUCGCUGUAUUUUAACAACGACUCAACCCAGCUUUUAUCUGCUAGUUUUGAUGGAGUAGUCAAAAUUCAUGGCUUAAAAUCUGGUAAAACCUUGAGAGAGUUUAGAGGACAUGCCUCAUUUGUCAACAGGGCUGUUUUCUCUACAGACAUGUCUCGUGUAAUCAGCGGUAGCAGCGAUGGUACUGUAAAGAUAUGGGAUGCCAAAUCUGCUGAUUGUCUUGUCACGCUGGCACUGCAUAAUGGCAAACUGGCUCCACUUGGUGUUCAAAGCUGUACAGUCACUUCAAUUUUAUUAACACCAAAAGAUCCUGAUCAUAUCAUUGUUUCCAACGAGAGUUCUAUCGUGUACAUGAUUUCAAUCAAGGGAAAGAUUAUAAAGACUAUGAAGCUGGAAGCAGAAACCCCAACAGAUUUUAUCACUGCUGCUGUUUCCCAAAAUGGCGAGUUUGUCUAUUGCGCUGGCGAAGACGGAAAGAUAUACGCAUUUGGGACUGAAGGUGCUGCGUUGGUAUCCCAUUUUGAAGCAUCCAAAUCUGAAAUUAUUGGAAUGACACACCACCCAUUCUCCAACAUAUUGGCUAUAUACGCAGACAAUGGACUAGUAAGUAUGUGGAAAUAA